UUUUCUCUUCAACAAGUUCCCUUCUUUCCUAUUACUUAUCUGUUUCUUCUCAUUCUUUUCUUUCUCCCUUUUUCUCUCGCUUUUUUUUUUCUCCGCCCCUGUUCCUGCACUUCUUCCCGACAACUCCUCGCUUCUCAUACUUCUACUUCUUGAACGUCUCUAUUAGACACGAAUCAAUUGGCCUUGUUUGCCUGGUUCCUUAGUUCCGAAUGGAUCCCACUCAACAGCCCACUGGUCAGACCGUCCCUGGGCCGGAGACGAUUAAUGGCCUGGAUAUCGCCCCUCCACGAGCCGACGACGAUUUCCCUUCGCCUCAAAUCCCGGGACAGGCCCGCUUGAAUGAGGCCGUCGGUAAGGCCAUCGGUGGCACAGUUAUUCCCUCCGACAUCCGUCCCGUAGACUUGCCAACCACAGAAAAGCUUGACGCCAAAAGGGCCGAAGCUAUCAAUGGAGAUCAGCCCAGUGCACCAUCAUCUGACAAAACUGAAAAGGCUCCCACGGUCGCAACUGGAGACGGAAGUCCUGAAAAGGAUGCUGCAGUCAAGCCCAGUGUUGUCGAAGACCUCAAGAACCGCAUCCCUGGAGCCUUCCCAACCGUGACACGAAUCGGCUGGAUCGAGGCAUACAAGCGCACUGAUGGUCCCACUAACGAGUUUCGUGACAAGUCCAUUUGGAUGGAGGAGUUUGCGAGCAGUGCUCUGUUUGGCGCCUUCUGGCACAAUGCCGCCGCCCUCUUUGUGAUUCCGGUCGUUUGCUUCGCUGUCUUCAAACUUGGAGGCGGUUUUGUGUCCUUGGUUCUAAUCAUUGCCUUUGGUGCUACGUAUUAUAAGAACUCAAUCCGUCGCUUCCGUCGCAACGCAAGAGACGAUAUCACUCGCGAGUUGAUCAAGAACGCGCUUGAGAAUGAUGUUGAGACGACCGAGUGGAUCAAUAACUUCAUGUCCAAGUUCUGGUUGAUCUACGAGCCCGUUCUCAGCUCGACGGUCGUACAGACUGUCGACGGCAUCCUGGUCGACCAGACGCCCGCCUUUCUCGAUUCCAUCCGACUAACCACCUUCACUCUGGGAACCAAGGCUCCUCGCGUCGAGAGUGUUAAGGCAUUCCCCAAGACUGACCCAGAUGUGGUGUUGAUGGACUGGCGUGUGUCGUUCACGCCCACGGAUAUCGAGGACAUGACUCCCAGACAGUUGCGUACCCAGAUCAACCCAAAGAUCUGCCUGACUAUCCGUGUCGGCAAGGGCAUCAUCGGUGCUGGCAUUCCCAUUCUUGUGGAGGACAUGUCCUUCAAGGGACACAUGCGCUUCAAACUUAAGUUGAUGUCGAAUUUCCCCCAUGUCAAGACCGUUGAUUUCUGCUUCCUUGAACCCCCAGAGAUCGAUUAUGUUCUCAAGCCUGUUGGCGGAGAGACUUUUGGAAUGGAUAUCAUGAAUAUCCCAGGAUUGCAAUCCUUUAUCCGUGAUCAGACCCAUGCGAUCCUGGGACCUAUGAUGUACGCUCCCAACGUCUACACGCUUGAUUUGGAGCAGAUGAUGACUGGUGGCGCAUCCCUAACUGCCGCAGCUGGUGUGGUGCAGUUCACGAUCUACAAUGCCAAGGACCUCAAGAAUACCGAGCUGGUUGGAAACUCGGAUCCCUAUUGCAAGAUUCGCCUCGGUAACCGUCCUGAGCUGGCCACUACCGCUGUGAAGGAGGACACCCUGAACCCUGUCUGGAACGAGACCAACACCAUUUUAGUCAACAACUUGAACGAGGUCGUCUGUAUGGAGCUCUUUGACAAGGAUAAUGUUCGCAAGGAUCGCCCAUUGGGUCAGGCCAACUUUGACUUGAAAUCACUGGAGGAGGACCCUAUUCAGGACGACGUCUGGUGCAAAGUGCUUCGCAACGGCAAGGAGCGUGGAGCGGUUCGUGUCCGUGCUGCCUAUUUCCCUGUCCAGGUCCCUCAACCUUCUGCAGAUGGUACCACGAUGAUCCCAGUCGAGUCCAACUCUGGUAUUUUGGCAAUUAAUCUUGCGCAGGCCAAGGACAUUGCUCGCUCCGGCAAGACAAAGUCGCACUGCGAGGUCUAUCUGAACGGAAAGGUGGUCCAUACUACCAAGAGCAUGAGCGGAGCCAGCCCCGCCUGGGGCGCAGAUCUCGACGUCUUUGUCACCGACCUUGAGGCCGCUCAACUUACCGUCGAGGUUAUUUCCGACAGCCACGUCAUUGGCUCCUAUGGUGUCUCUGCCAAGAAGCUGAUUAAGGAUACUACCGACAAGGUUGACUGGGUUAACCUCCAGGGCGGUGAGGGUAUUAGCAAGCUGAAGAUAAAUGGUGUCUGGAAGCCCAUCCUGAUGAGCGACGACAUGAAUCCUUCCGCCCACAAGCCUGCAUUUGGAGUGAUUCGUAUCCAGAUGCUUGGUGCGCGAGAACUUCGCAAUGUCGAGAUCGGAGGCAAUUCAGACCCUUACGUCGUCAUCACCGGGGACAAGGGUAUAAGCCGUGGGCGCACCAAGGUCAUCGACAGCAACUUGAACCCUGUGUGGAACGAAAUCUUCUACGUUGCUGUCAACUCCAUGAAGCAGACGUUCGAGUUUGAAUGCUUCGACUUCCAAAAGGUCACGAAGGACAGGACAUUGGGCAGGACCGAAUUUGCUGUGGCAGAGCUGGUUGAGGAGCUUCCGGACAAGGCAGGAUAUGUUGCUCGUCCGGCUAUCGAUAGAUGGGCUCCAUUGAAGCAGAAGGAUGGCAGCACCAAAGGUGAGCUUCAUUAUGAGCUCUCAUUCUAUCCUUCUCUCAAGCUUGCCCAGGAAGCCACGGAGGCCGAGAAAUCCACUGCAGCUGUCCCUGCCGAGAAGAUCGAGACUGUUGAAACCGUGGAUCCAUCGCCUAGCAAUCUAGAGAAUUCUAUCAGGGCCCCCACCGAGGCUGCUGCGGUCACUUUGCCGCCAGGAACUAUUCCCGCACAGGAAGCCUUGGAUUAUGAUUCUGGUAUUCUGGUCACGCACCUGAUCGGUGCUCAGCUGGACCGCUCAGGCACCUACUGCGAGUUCUAUAUCGACAGCGAUAGCUAUCAAUUCAAGUCUCAGCUGCAAAAGUCUCGCAACCCCAAGUGGAACGAAGUUGCAGACAUUUUCGUCAAGGAACUCGAGUAUGCCAAGCUCAUUAUUGUAGUUAAAGAGAAGUCGUCAGUGGAUAAGGACCCUGUUGUUGGCGUCUUUACGCAGCACAUCCGCACGCUUCUCGAGACCACCCCGGCCGACGGGGCAAGCUUCCCAAUUGUGGACAAGCAUGACCAGCGCGGAUCUUUGCACUUGAAAUUUGAAUACCUCCCUGUGAACAUCGAGCUCUUGCCCAAGGAGCGUCUCGAUAACAUGGGCAACUUGACCGUGAACCUUGUGCGUGCAAAGAAUCUGAUUGCCGCUGAUCGAGGCGGCGCUAGUGACCCAUAUCUUGUGUUCAAGGUGAAUGGCAAAGAGGUCUACAAGUCCGAGGUGGUCAAGAAAACCCUGAAUCCUGAGUACAACGAGUCCUUUGUCGUGCCAAUUUCGUCUCGUGUUGACGACCAGUUUACAUUCGAGGUCUUUGACUGGAACCAGCUCUCGACAGCCAAGUCACUUGGUGUUGGCUCUCUGAAUCUGCGCAACAUUCAGCUCGUUUUGCCUAAUGACUUCCUGGUAUCUUUGCGGAACAAGCACAACCAGGGAGAAGUCCAGUUGCGUAUCAAGUUCAUGCCCGAGUUCUUGUCGGCAAGUAAGAAGGCAGGAUUUGCUUCGACUUUUAUUGGAGGAGUGGGUCAGGCCGGCAUGGCUGGUGUGGGAGUCGUUACUGGUGGUGUGGGUUUCAUGGCAGACGGUGUUGGAGCAGUCGGACAGGGAGCCUUAGAUGUUGGCGGUGCAGUCGGCAAGGGCGCUCUGAAGGGCGUGGGCACUGUUGGAAAGGGCGUUGGUACUGUUGGCAAGGGUGUCUUUGGUGGCAUCUCCGCAGGAGCCUCGGCCCUUGGACUUCGCAAGGAUAAGUCGGAUUCGCGAGCAUCGCUGGAUUCGCUUCCACCUGCGCCUGCACCUGUGCCUGCACUCGCACCUACACUCGCACCUGCACCUGCGCCUGCGCCUGAAAUGACAACAGCUAUGAUGCCUCAGUCGUCAGAUAUCAAUAGUCAGGCUACAGUCCGUCCUUCAAACUCAGAGACUUCGUUGAAUGUCGUCUCGUCUUCUGUUCCCCGCACAAGUGUUGGAUCGGUCCGGUCGCAUACAUCCAUGGGUCUUGAAAGCGGAGAUAUUGUUGGUGAACCCGGCAACCUAACGAUUCAUGUGGUUGAGGCUGACGGCCUCUUGGGUGUGGACAAGAGCGGCACCAGUGACCCCUAUGUCAGAGUGUCGAUCGGCGGCAAGUCCCUGUUUAAGACUAAGGUCAAGAAGGAGAACCUGUCGCCCAACUGGAGCGAGUCUAUGGUGGUUCCCAAUCUGACGGGACACCCAGUGACGAUCAACUUCAUGGUCCGCGACCACAACACGAUCGGAAGCGACAAGGACCUGGGCGAGUUUGAGCUGCGUCUGUGGGAGUACAUCCAGCCCAGCACGGAUGCCCAUCCAGGCGAGUACAGGGCAGACUUUUGGGGACCAUUGAGCGGAUCAGGCGGAAGGUUGCAUCUUGCUCUUGAGUUCGAACCUUCGCUCGAGGGCGCCAAACAGAAACGCGGUCUUUUUGGCCGGAAGUAAUCGAAGGUGAUUCUGGUAAAAAAAAAAAAAAAAAGGUCUGCAGCGCUCAUACAGGCAGACAAUUAUCUUUGGGUACUAUAUUUUUUUCUUCAUUCUUUUAAAGACCAUCCUGUGUACAUAAAACAAUUGUGAAUAUGCCAGUAAUGCAACAAUGAUACCGUUUGAUGAUGGAUGUAUGAGUUUAUUAAGUUCAGCUUUCUUGCAAGCACUGCUCCUGACGUGAAGCAAGAGGCUGCGUCUAUUCCUCUUCGUCGUCUUCAUCAUCGUCGUCGUCGUCGUCGUCCGACUCUUCUUCUGAAUCAGACUGCUCCAGGAACUGAAUCAUCGGGGUGG